CCGGCUGGUUGGGCAGACUUGACGCCUCUCCCACACCCACAAACAUCAAAACGAAAAAAAAAUGAAUUAUAAAACGUUCUUUUUGUGAUGGUGCCUGAUUUCAAAGUAAAACAAAAAUGGGGCCUUCUUUGAAAAUAGUCCUAUUGUCCUGCGUGGCAGGUAGUCUUUACCUGUACGGGAGUCUCUUGAUUCUGGUCGACACCCUGCUGAGUUCACUGCCGCUACCCGUGAUCUUCCCUUUACUCCUAUUGCUUCUAGUCUAUGGCAUUCGCCUGCAGCCUUCACCUGAUUAUUUGGUCGAAUCAGUUCUUGGAAAAGACCUUGAUCCAGAGGCUGACGAAGACAAAAAUGAGGAGACCUCGCACGAGUUCUAUUUAGACAGGGUCGCUCACCGAGGGGCGGGAUAUGACGCACCUGAAAACAGCAUAUCAUCAUUUCAAUUGGCACACGAACAUGGUUGCAUGGCAGUAGAAUUUGACGUAGCCUUGACUGCAGACGGGGUUCCAGUUUUGUUUCAUGACAAAAGUCUCCUUCGCAUGUGCGAGGUUGACAAGAAAAUUAGUGAAAUGACUUUCGAGGACUUGGAAAUUCUUGACAUUUCGACAACUCACCCUCUCAGUCGCAGCUUUGCCGGUGAACAAAUUCCACAAUUGGACGAAGCAAUCGAAGAGUGUCUGAAAUUAGAUAUGCGAGUGUUCAUCGAUUUGAAAGACAACGAUACUAGAACCCUGAUAGCAGUUCUCAAGAUGUUUGAAAAAUACCCUGAUUUACAAGCAAGGGCAGUCAUUACCUCCUUUUAUCCUAACCUGAUUUUCUGGGUUAAACGGGCCGUGCCUAGUGUUGUAUGCGCUCUUUCGUGGCGUCCAGGUUUGAUCGCCUAUGAGGACUACACAUACUCACGGUCCGUUGGUGGACCUUACCGCAGAAGGUAUCCUGUGUUCUGGCAACAUGCUUUGGCCGUGAUUGCUGAUGUAAUUCACCAAUGGUGUUUCUUCAACGUUUAUGACUUCCUCCUGGGCAUUUCUGCUGUCAUUGUGCACAAAGAUUGUUUAUCACCGGAUCAAGUUCGACAAUGGCGAAAGAGAGGGGUCAGGGCCAUAGCCUGGCCUGUCAACCUAGCGUGUGAAAAGGAAUACUUUUCCAAGGCACUUCAUGUCACCUAUAUGACGGACACGCUGAGGGAGUUACAUAAUAGCUGCAUUAUAUGAUUCAAAAACACGUUUGGCCGGUGCGCCGCCCGCCAUACAGCACCCAUUCUCCACUUUACACGAGGGACCUGUUGCCCACCUCUGAUCGCACCACGACACAUGCGAGCACUGCAAACAC